UUAUUGGUCUUUACGUCAACAGCUCAAUUCCUUCGUUACUUCAGAACGGUAAAGGAGAAAUGUCAAAGAAUAAAAAAAGGAAAAAAUGAAGAGCACAAGCAGAGGUGCAAAAUGAGUAGACGUCUCACAAGUGUAAGUAUAAGGAAGUUUUUUUUUCAAACAUCUGAACAUGGUCAAAUAUAAAAACAGUUUUCCAUGUCGUCAUGAAAAACAAUGUAUAAUAUGUUUAUAAUUUCAUAAUGAUAUUUAUUGUCAGUGAUACGUACAUUGUUUUUUUUUUCUGAUCUUAACUGCAGUAUAUGGGUGAGACCACUUUUAUCCUUAGUUAUUUUAUUUUUACUUUCUUGAACAAAUUCCAUUAUUACAAACAUGAAUUCAGGGUUCUCAUUAAUUUUUCAAGUAGACAGCUAGGAUGUUAAAGUAGGCGGCUUGGAAACUGAGUACUGUAGGCAAUUUCAGGCUUUUACUCUCUAACUUUACUCUAUUUCCCCAAAAAGUAGAUGGCUCAAACCUCCAAGCAGUCGGUUUCUAGCCGGCUGCCGGCACUUAAUGAGAACCCUGUGAAUUGAUAGAUUAUAUUUAUUAUUGAAGGACUGCAACAGCAUUAUUUAGUUUGAUUUUUGUGCUUCUUUAUGUUUUUAUUAGAAGCUGGACAAGUGAUGAGGGGCUUUUGAGCUUAUAAGAGAAUCCUUAUCCUCGCGCCAGAAGCAGCUUGCCCCAGAGGUGCUCUAUGUGGAGUACAUGAGCAGUGAGGAGUCUGCCUAUGAAGAUGAGGAAGAUCCCAUCACUGGUGAAGUAACACAGAAACUAAAGGGUUAUUUAACCAAGAAGCUCUCUUGGGAGAGAACAGCCCUGACAAACUUAAAAAGCAAGCUUGACAGAGCCCAUUAUAGAAGCCUCACCCCUCAUGCCAAAGCAUUGGCAAAGCCCAAGUUUGAGGGUGAUAUAUCAAAGAGGCCAGCACCCGAUGGUCCAUCAUGGGCCGUGAGACAGGCCAUUGCUUAA